GGCAUUGCUGCUGUUCUUUUAGCAUAUAAUAUAUACACCACAUUGGCCUGCACCCAGUAGAUACAUGAGCCCCAAUAUGAACAGCUCCCCACGACCACUACGCAAUCCUACCAGAGCUCUCAAUGCCACCCCGGCAUCCAAGUGCAAGAAUAUCUUCUCAGGGGGCGUGGGAAAGUCGCUAUACACGAAUAUAAAUCUGGAUACCACUGCUACUGCGAAGCUCAAGUGCAAUGAUAUCUUCUUUGCCGUGCCGUGGGGUAUCGGGAACAUCGGCGUUUUUCCGGUCCGCCGACCGCCGUUCACGGACCCGAUUCGACUGGAAGUUAAUCCGCCUCUGAUUUUACCGCAUGGAAAACAGAUCCAAGAUUUUGAGUUCUCCUCCGUAGAUCCAACCAUCUUAGCCACAUGCACGCGUGCAGACGGUCUAGUCCGUAUCUGGAAGAUUCCCACGGACGUGUCGCAACAAGGUGUAGGUCGGGAGAUUGACGCGGCCGAUACGUAUCUGGCGGGACACGAGAAGAAGGUGGAGCUGUUGAAGUUUCAUCCGACCGUGGGGAAUAUCCUGGCAACGUGUUCUGCAGACUCGACGAUACGCUUGUGGGACUUGGUGCGGAUGCAGGAUAGGGUCUCGCUGGUUUGCCCCGCACAGUCCGCACAACAUAUAUCGUUCGACUUUUGCGGAGGAAUGGUGGCCGUAAUGGGGUCGGAUGCCAAUCUGUACCUGUACGAUUGUCGGGCGGGGCCAGAGCCUAUACAGACAGCGAUCACCGGGCACAACCCUUCGAAAUCAUGCAGGGUUUCAUGGCUGACCCCGGAUCCGCUCAUUGUCACAACCGGUUUCGAGAAAGGAAACGCGAGAACAGUCAACCUCUGGGACACAUCCAACCUGUCGAGCCCCAUACAGUCCUUGAAUGUAGACGGGACAGGUGUGGGGCACUUACAACCCUAUUGGGAUCCCGGGCUGCCGAUCCUCUAUUGCGGAUCCAAAGCCGAGGGGAUUCGAGCGUACGAACUCCUGCAUGGGACGUUGGCAUACAUCGGAGCGAUGAAGUUGGAGAAACAAGCGACAGCAGUGGAGUUGAUGCCAAAAUCGCUUUGUGAUGCGAGGAGAUGCGAGAUUGCGAGGUUCCUGAGCUUGAGUGUUGAGAACAGCAGCGUGGACAUGACAACAAUCCAUGUGCCCAGAGUGCAUGGCGAAGAAGCUUUCCAGGAAGACCUCUAUCCUCCUAUACCAAUGGCGCAUUCCGGACGGGAUGCCGACUUGUUCUUCAAUACGAGGGACACGAUCGAGCCUCUUAUGGUACAUGCGGUCUUGGAUACGGUUUCUGGCACCAAGAAAAGGGAAGAAUCCAACGAGCCAUUAGCGCAUCUCCUGCGGGAUUCAUUAGCCCCUCCCAGUGUCGAGGAGCUUCUCCAUCGACAUGGCGAUACCAUGCUGCGAAAGAGUACGACACUGAGACGGCCCAUGACGGUGUCCGCAAAUGGGUCAUCGCGGUCGGUUUCAAACGCUUCAAUCAAUUCAUUCACACAGUCUCGGGCUACAGAAACCAUUCCUGCGUCGCACGCGCCAAGUCCGGCGACGAGUCUAGAUGGGCGUCUCGAUAUCGAGCGGAAAACAUGGCUGACUGCAACUUGGGAGCCUCAUUAUUUGUCCUUGAAAAAGCUCCGGCUAUACUUUAGCAGUGACGCUGAUGCAGACACACCUCUGUAUUCCAUCUCCAUGUCAGCUAUAAAGCGUGUCGAGGGCUUCUCUAUCGGCAUUGAUCGCGGCGACGAAUCAGAUAAAGUGGGGAUUUUUCUCGAAACGACGGAGAAAACCCAUCGUUUGAGAGCUGGAUCAAAGUACGAGCGGGAUCGCUGGCUGGAUGCCCUAACGGAAGGAAUGCAGAGGGGUCUUUCGCUGGCUCAUCAAGGGCUUCGUGGGAGUACAUUGGACCUGCCCGUAUUGCCACGAGCUUCGUCAGCGAACCUGCUCUCGAGAACACCAAGCUUGGCGCCGCUCGAGCGGAAGCCAUCAUCGCAAUCCUUCAUCAUAGGCAACCGCUUAGGUGCUGCUCUUCUCGGUGAUCUAUUAUGUCUCACGGCAACAGAAAAUACCAAGCAGAUCUGGAACCCGAGACUCGUCAUGCUCGACGAAGACGGCCUUCUGCACCUCUUCGUCAACGACAUCAAGUCGUAUACCCAGGGCAAACCCCCCGUUCAAACAUGGAGUCUACACAAAGCCAUGGCGGUGCGACUCGUUGAUUUGAAGAGUACCACGAGCAUGCAUGAGACCAAUGGGUCAGAUACCUCGGGGAUGAAAGCGUUUCAGAUAACCACAUUGAAGCACAAUGUGUUUUUUGAAGCGCGCAAUCCAGUUGAGGCUGCUAAUUGGGUCACUCAGAUUCGCCGAGUUAUAAACGUGAAGAACUUCCUGCCAGCAGCGGAGUUGAUCGAAAGCGAUGUUUUGGAAGGGUUCGUCUCAAUCAAGGACAGCGACAACGGUCUCAAACUGCCUCCUGGCCGGUAUUGGCUGCAGGUCGUCGAUGGCAACUUCCUGUAUUCUGCGUUGCGGCUGAGCACUAGCCCAUUCAAAGUUGUCGAUAGUGGGAAGUUCGACGGUGUGCAAAUUGGUAGAGCGGAGAGCAAUCCGGACACUGCUGCUCAAGGGAAGUUUAUUCCCGCCAAGGAUCUGAAUCUGUUCACAUUAUCGUUCACAACAGACAUCAAAUGCGUCCAUGAGGUCGAAUCGCUAGUCGAAGCAAAUGUUUGGGCUCGCGAGCUUACAAAAGUUAGGAUGGUCGCCUACGACGUGCUGCAAGCAAUGGGAAUCUCCUCCGAGGAAACCUUCCAGGAUGAGAUGUUCCAAGCAGAAAUCGAUGAAAGCCGCGGGAACUGGAAAGCAGAGAUGGAAAGAAUCACAAUUCUGGACGAGAAGAGCAUUGAAAAAGGGGAGCAGAAGUUCCUCGCUGGAGUGUUUGGGAAGGUGCGGUUGACAAUCGGGUCCGUUCCUUGCACCUGGCAAAGUCUUCGUUCUGAUGGAGCUUUUGUUUUGGAUUUGGGAUCCGUGGUCUAUCAUUGGAAUGGCGUAAGUUCGUCUCGGGUAUGUCGGGCUCGGGCCAUGGAUCUUGCAUCUCGAAUUCGCAAAAUGCGGGCCAACCGGCCGAGAGUGCUCUUGGUAGACGACACAGAUCGGGACCUGUUGAAUACAUUCUUCAAAGCCUUGGGAUCUGAAAAGGCAACCGACGCGGUACGCACACAACAGCCCUUAUCCUCACCAUCGGAUCCUGUACUGGAUGCGAAUGUCAAAAUGUUCAUAUCGCGCCCGUCGCGAUUGCGAAAGAAUCGACUGAGGCUUGUGUACGAGGGAACUGCACCGUCCCGAAAACUGCUCGUGUCCGAUACCGUCUGCCUUGUCCUCAGCCGCCAUCAAGUUUUUGCUUGGAUUGGGAACUCCUGUCCGCGCGAAUCUUCCGAUCGUGCCCUUGCGAAUCUUGCUGCCAAACGAGGUGCCAUGAUGCUCCGAGAUGCCUUGGGAAGCCGCGAACAUCAGGUGUUUGUCAGAAGAGAGUUCGAAGGACGAGAAUCAGCAAUAUGGAAGGAGACAUUUGUGGACUACGAAGGCUCCCUUCCCAUCAGCAUGCGAAUCGAAACGGAGACGAAGGGCAACAUUGCUCCUCAGCUUGCGCAACCAAAGAUUGACCUUGAUACACUGCCCCGACGUGCGUCGCUGCCAGCUCACCUCCUAACCUGCCCGGAUGACGGCAAGUCCGGACGCCGGUCCGUCCACCGUGUCGAGGACUUCCUGUGCCACGACGUCCCCGCACACCUGGUGGGCCAAUUCUUUCAAGGGGAAAGCUAUAUCAUCCCAUACAUGUACAAACCGCCAAAUAGUGGUGUGGAGAAGUGCAUCAGUUACUUCUGGCAAGGUUCCACCAGUUCCGUCACCCAAAAAGGGACGAGCGCGUUGCUGACCAUCGAGUUGAGCAAGCAGACUGAUGGUGACGUUACUCAAAUUCGAGUAGUCGAAGGGAAAGAGCCACUGCACUUGUGUAAGCUGUUCUCCGACGGCAUCGUCGUCAGGAUUGGGCGUCAGCGGCGAGAUGGUGAAAUUCUGGGCUUACCGGUGGGAUUCGACAUCCGAGAAUGUUAUGAAGGCUGCUUCAAAGCCACUGAAGUGGCAAUGCAAGAUCUGCCAUUCAAUUCGAAUCACAUUACGCUCGUAAUAUUCGACAAGAUGGCUUACAUUUGGACCGGCGCUCACUCCGUUCUAGGAGAGCAGCAGUACGCGGCGACGGUUGCACGCAAGUUCCUGGCAGAAGAGUCAGCAGUUCACAUCGUCAGAGAGACGGAGAAGCUUCCGAAGGAAAUAGCAGGACUUUUCGAAAGUUACGGUGCAAAGCUUCCUUCAUUUCGAUCGACGAAAGCCCGGUAUCUUCCUCGGUUGUUCGCAUGCUCCGCCGGAAGUGGAGUCGUGCAGGUCGAAGAAGUCCCGAUGUUUGUGCAGGACGACCUGGAUGCCAAGAUGGUCAUGAUCCUAGAUGGUUUCUCAUCCAUCUAUGUAUGGUUCGGCAGCUCCUCAAGAUCCUCAGAAAAGAUUAUCGGGAUGCAAACCGCCAUUGAGUACGGCAGCAAGGCCUCGGAAGCACCGGCUCUGUUUGUUACUUAUGAACAUCAAGAACCGCAUGAAUUUUCCCGGGCAUUCCCGGGGUGGGCUCGCUCGAAGCGGAAGUCAUUGUACGCCGAGAACCAGGUCUUAUCGAGACCAUUGAAGGAAGUGCUCGAAGAGUAUACGCGGGAGACCUACCCGGUGGAGAUAUUAUUAGGGGAUAACGUGCCGCCCCAUCUGGACCCGACGAGAUUGGAGGCAUACAUGACUGAAGAAGACUUCGAAGCUCUGUUCAAGAUGACGAAGCAAGCUUAUUGGGAACUUCAGCCUUGGAAGCGGGUUGAAGUGAAGAAGGCACUUGGAGUUUUCUAAAGCACAUGGAGCACAUUAACCUAGGCUGUCCUAUAUUUGUACAGACCUUUGCGUACUAUGAACUGCUGAACUGCCACCUGCUGCCACUACUUUUUGGCGCUGUUAAAGCCCGUCAGAAUGCAAAUUGUCACGUGCGAAUUAAAGUAUGGCGACGGAAACUGAACAUUCUUGAGGCGACCUU